GUUCACUUCCUCACUCUCUCUCGGACAAAGGCAACAGGCACAGGAGAGGUGUCUCAUUACUGUAACUGAUUUGAGAAUCAGCAUCAAAGGAAGAUUCAGGGUACAUUCUGAGGAUAAAUCAGUUCAUCUUUGCGUGACACAAAUCACCUUCUGCAGUUUUUUUUCAUCUGCAGUGGACUAUUUUUGUUGGUUGGAUGAUUUUAAAAAUGGGUCAUGAAGUGAAGGAGAACAAAACAAUGCCAAAAGGAAGAGCAAAAUACUUUAAACUAAGUAUUAUGUUUCUUUUGCUGAAUAUCGACAAUGUUGUUGUUCCAGUCAGGGGAUUUUCGCUGAGAUCUUGCCGAAUCAGUUACAGCACUGCUAUAUGUGCCAAGAGUAGGCCUAGUCUCAAAGCUGUUCCUAAGGAUAUUCCCCCAACAGUGACAGGUUUGGACUUGUCUCUAAACAAAAUCACUAAAAUACAAGGAUCAGAUUUCAAAAACCUACCGCUUUUGACACAGUUAGAAAUAGAUCGCAACAUGAUUUCACAGAUAGACACGGGUGCCUUUGCUAAUCUAAUUUCCCUCAAGAACUUGAAUCUAAACAAUAAUAAGCUUCAUGAACUUAGAGCUGAUCUUUUCGACGGUUUGAGAAACCUCACAGAGCUAAGAAUUAGAAGUAAUGGCAUCAAAGUGGUGGCGUCAACUUCUUUCAAGUCCUUGACAAGCUUGAAGCUUUUGGACAUCUCUUUCAACAGACUGAACCACUUAACAAACGUGCAUGCUAUAAUACAACACCUGCCAAAUCUAAAAGAUCUGUCAAUCUAUGGCAAUGGUUUUACCACUUUUAACUCGUGGGAACUGACAAACAGCUCACUAGGGCUUACUUCCCUUGAUGUGUCUCAAAAUCCCUUUGGAGUCUUUAACAUCACUACAGAUAUUUUUCCAGAUCUCACCAGGUUUAAUAUCGGUGGCUUUCAUAGUAAGCAACAUAUGAAAUGGGAGGUGCGUAACACAACUUUUCCAAGUCGAGUGUCUACUCUUGAUAUUAGUGGGCUUGAAUUGGUGUUUGGUCACAUGAAAACCUUUCUAGAGAGCGUCAACUCCUCCUUGAUUUCUAUGAGGAUGAACUCAAUGAAAUACAACCUCACAGCACUAAUCAACAUUUCCUGCACCAUCCCAACAAUGUCCACGCUCCAACUCCGACGUAACAAACUCCAUUUUAUCCGUUCCAAUUUAUUCAAGUUGUGUAUCAACGUAACAGAGUUAGAUUUAGCAGAGAGUCGAAUUAAAAAUAUCCACGACGAGGCUUUCGCAUCAAUGCAAGGUUUAAAAAUCUUGACUUUAAGUCGUAACUCGCUCCACUCUGUUCCAGCCGCAACAAAAUAUAUACCAACUCUUGAAGAGUUAGAUCUCAGCAAAAAUAACAUCACCACACUUGGAUGUCAAGAUUUUGCCAAUAUGACAAAGCUUAAACACCUCAGGCUUUUUAAUAAUUUCAUCUCGGCUCUAAACGAUUGUGUUUUCAAGGAUUUAAUACAACUGCAAGUUUUAAAGCUACAGGGCAACCAUAUCUGCAAGUUUGGUGGUGCUUUCAAAAAACCAAACUUACCAAAUCUAACCCAACUGCGUUUGAAUGGAAAUGGACUCACCACUAUUCAAUCUGAGGCAUUUAACGGCUUGCAAUCCCUCCAGAUGUUCUCAUUACAUGAAAAUAAAAUAAAAAAUCUUGAAGACGGGUGUUUCAUUGGAUUGACGGAUCUUACUGAUCUUCAGCUGCAAUCAAAUAAUAUUAAUCAAUCAGUCAUAAGACAAGAAGUUUUUAAUCAUCUGACAAAUUUAAGAAGAUUGGAUUUGAGGACCAAUCACAUCAGAUAUAACUACAGUUCAGCUAUGCCUAAUCCACCAUUUUCUAAACUGUCCCAUUUGCAAAUAUUGGCUAUUCCUGGACAACACCGACGAGGGAAGUCCCUGCUGCCCUCCAACCUCCUGCAAGGUUUGACAAAUCUUUUGGUUUUCAAUACCAGGAACACUCAACUUUUAUCCUUGUCCAAAGACAUGUUUAAUCACACCCCUCAACUGCAAAUACUUGAUAUUAGCUCAAAUGACAUUGUGGAUCUCUCUCCAGAAUUGUUUUUCCCAAUUCAAAACCUCAAAAGUCUCUACAUAUCCAGAAUAAGUCUUCGGUCUCUAGAUUUCUUAAAAGACGCCGGCCUCACCAAGCUGGAGUUCAUACAGGCGAGAAAGAACGCAUUUUCAGUUCUCAGCGAGGACGAAAUGGAUCCCCUAAAAGCUCUUGUUUAUUUGGAUUUGCAAGGCAAUAGUUUCACCUGUGACUGUGAUAAUGCCUGGUUCAUCAACUGGACAGAAAACAGCAACAAAACACAAGUUUUUGACGCCUAUAACUUUGAGUGCAACUAUCCUCCAGACCUAAAAGGUAUGAAACUGUUGGACUUUGAUAUCAGGUUCUGCAAAGUGAGCACCGACUUCAUCUGCUUUGUUUCAACCACAUGUAUGGUCCUCCUGUUUAUGGUAGUAUCCUUCACCUACCAUUUCCUGAGGUGGCAGCUGACGUAUGCCUACUACUACUUCUUGGCUUUGCUCUUUGACUCAAAGAAUCAAAACAAGCAGGCCGCAAAUCUGUAUGACGCCUUUAUCUCCUACAACACCCAUGAUGAGCCAUGGGUCAUCCAAGAGCUGUUGCCAAAACUGGAAGGAGAGCAGGGCUGGAGAUUGUGUCUGCACCAUCGAGACUUCGAGCCAGGUAAACCCAUCAUAGAAAACAUCACGGAUGCCAUCUAUGCAAGCAGGAAGACCAUCUGUGUGAUCAGUCGAAGAUACCUCGAGAGUGAGUGGUGCUCCAGAGAGAUCCAGGUGGCCAGCUUUCGUCUCUUCGAUGAGCGGAAGGACGUACUGAUCCUGGUGUUUCUGGAGGAGAUCCCCACCUAUGAGAUGUCUCCUCACCACCGCAUGAGGAAGCUGCUGAAGAGGCAGACCUACCUGAGCUGGCCGCAAGAUCGGGAGCACACCGAGGUGUUCUGGGAGAAACUCCGUAAGGCUCUGAGGGCCGAAGAAGAAGGUCUCUAUGAAGACAGGCUCCUUCUUACCGUGAUGGACUGACCGGGAGGUUUGAGUCUUAUGACAUUCUUAUGCCUUCAUGUUUUAAUACCAACUCUCUGGCCUGUCAUUGACACUAGAUUAAAUCAUCUGCCAAUACGUUAACUAACUGGAAUGGAAAAUCAGUUGCCACAAACUGGAAGAUCAAGUUAUGAUUAAUACAAGUCAAAUUAUUUUUUCCGUUUCAAAAAAAGCGCGAGCCCCGCCUUUGACUUCUCGAAUAAAUCAUCAACUGCUAAUCAUAGCUAAAUAAUUGGGUGAUGACAAACUGCGAUUUGACAAAUUGAUGUGGUCAAAAUAUCUUAGCUGACUGUUCUCCCUGAAAAACACACUUCCCUGUCUGGGUAAAAAGUCACUUUCAGUUUUUAUUCAGUCAACUGUGAAGUGAUACUUCUCUUAUCAUGCCACAGUCUGACAUGUUUUCAGGGUUUUUUUUCAUUAAUCAUGAUGCCUACGUCUUUUUAUUGGCAUUGUCGUUGCGGUUUUUUAAACUUACCUGUUGAUGCUUGCUAACAGUUUCAGUGAAAAAGUACUUUUCAUCCAAAUGACCCUAAAUCAAACUAUCUUCAUAAAUCAUCUAUGAGAUUGCUGUCAACCUGCUGAACUGCCUGAAUGAGCAUCAAUUAUCAAGUAGAUUAAGACAUAAUCUUAAGGCAUAAAUCUCCGUGACAGUCUAGACAAACAAUAAAUCAGUCAUCUCAGAAACAUUUCAAUAAUGCCGUCAUAACUAGUCUGUUAGAUUACUUUCAUUCCUUGCUCUCUAGAAUCGGUAAAAGUCUCCUCUCCUGCCUUGAUUUUAAGGUAUUAUUGAUACCUUUCAAAGAACAGAGAGGCUUCACUUUGUUUUUUAUCAGAUCUUUUAAUUCCCUCUGUCCUCUUUGUCAGAUGUGUUCUGGUUGGACUCCAAGACUUUGGUGUGACCUGAUCAGGGAUCUAAAAUUGGUUUAAAAAAAACCUUUUUGAUGAUUUAAUUGAUGUUUUAUAACUUUAAUUCAUUUUACUCUCUUUAUGUUUUGUACUGUGCUUGUAAAGGACGAUAACUGUGUUUUAAGGUUUGUUACAUGUGCAGAAUGUGCAUGCAGUCCACCUGAAAUUAGAGUUUUGACUGACUAAUCACUGUGAAGUAAGAUAACAUCUUCAAGAUCAUAAAAUAUGAUGUAUAUAAUUAUAUUUCAAAGUUUUAAUUUCAAGAAUUUUCAUUGCCACAGCUGAAAAAGUUGUCGAACAUGGUGAAUGCAGUGAAUACAAACAAACACAUGUAUUAUUAAACAUCUGUUUUUAUUUUAUUUUAUUAAAUAACAUUAUGAAAUUCUU